AUGGAUACUCCAACCAAUUUCAGCCAUUAUGAUCUAUUCAAUUUCAGCUAUGACUCUGACUAUGAUGAGGAUGAGUUCUGUGAUAAGGGUGAAGUGGUCAUAUUUGGAUCCAUUGCCAUUCCAAUUUUCUUCUCUCUUGUGAUCAUACUGAGCCUGACCGGAAACAUCCUUGUCCUUGUAAUCCUGGCUUUGUAUGAAAACCUUAAAUCUCCAACCAACAUUUUCAUCCUCAACUUGGCCAUCUCUGACCUCGUCUUCACCACCGGUCUUCCCUUCUGGGCCAUCUACCACGUCCGGGGAUGGGUUUUUUCUGAAUUGCUCUGUAAAAUUGUGACUUUUGUCUUUUUUAUGGGGUUUUACAGCAGCAUCCUCUUCCUCACCAUCAUGACUGUCUACAGGUAUCUGGCAGUGGUCCAUCCUCUCUCUGACCUCAGCACAUCUAAACGCUCUAUCGGGGUGUUUCUGUCUGUUCUGAUGUGGAUAAUCAGCACUGCAGCAGCCAUGCCCUCCCUAUUCUUCAGCUCAAUCACCUCGGUCCACCACAAAGACAAACAUUCACAGGGCUGUGAAUAUAGUGAUCCACUGUGGGAAACUGUUGGUGUCCUCCAACAGAAUGCUUUCUUCUUAGUUGCUUUUGCAGUGAUGACUUUCUGCUACAUUAAAAUACUGGGAAGAUUCACAAGAAUGAAGAACAGAGCAGUCAAAUUUGACUUCUGUAGAGUGGUUGUGUUCUUCCUUGGCUGGGUGCCAUACAAUGUUGUAAUCUUUUUGAGGGUCUUGCCUGCUUAUGGGGUGACUGGGUUGAAUGAGUGCAAAACAAGCAUCCAGCUCGACUAUGCAUUCUACGUGUGCAGGCUCAUUGCUUUCUCCCACUGCUGCCUGAAUCCAGUCUUUUAUGCAUUUGUUGGUGUGAAAUUCAGGAGCCAAUGCAGGUUAGAAUUCAGCUCUUCACAAAGAUCAAUGUACUAG